AUUUGGACAAAUACCAACAUAGGUUCCAAAAGAAUAAUGGCUCCCAUUCCAUCUUCUUCCUCUUCCUUAAUCCCCAAUGCUACAACCAGAACCACCUUAAUUCUCUUCUUACUACACUUUUCUCUCUUCUUCCAUUCAUUCCUAGCUAAAUCCAAGCACACCACCACCCACUCUCACUCUCACUCUCACUCUCAUUCUCAUUCUCAUUCCACUUCCAACACCACCAUCCAUCCCUAUCAUCUCCCCACCACCAACCCAAGACUCCACCAAGCUUACCUUGCCUUCCACGCAUGGAAGAAGGUAAUCUACUCCGACCCAACCAACCUCACUUCCAACUGGGUAGGCCCUGCUGUCUGUGACUAUGGAGGCAUCUUCUGUGCUGGUUCUUUGCACGAUCCCCACAUCCAAGUUGUAGCCAGCAUCGAUCUCAACCAUGCUGACAUUGCAGGCUUCCUCCCAGAUGAGCUUGGUCUACUCACCGACCUUGCCAUAUUGCAUCUCAACAGCAACCGCUUCUGCGGCAUCAUCCCACUCACCUUAGCCAACCUAACCCUCCUCUACGAGCUCGACCUCAGCAACAACAGGUUUGUGGGCCCCUUUCCAUCAGUGGUCCUCCAUAUCCCUUCGCUCAUGUACCUCGACCUCCGUUUUAAUGAGUUUGAAGGACCUGUGCCUUCAGAGCUCUUCAACCGUGGCCUCGACGCAAUAUUCCUCAACAACAACCGGCUGACCUCAAUGCUCCCGUCGAAUCUAGGGGAGGCAACAUCUGCAUCAGUUAUAGUAUUCGCCAACAACAACUUUGGUGGGUGCCUGCCGGAAGGCAUGGCCAAACUGGCGAAUAGCUUGGAGGAGUUUGUGCUGAUCAACACCAACUUGUCUGGGUGCCUGCCUUUUGAACUAGGCCUUCUCUACAAGCUGAAGGUCUUUGAUGUGAGCUUUAACCACCUGGUGGGGCCCAUACCAUUCAGCCUUGCCGGUCUGGUCCACGUGGAGCAGCUCAACGUGGCCCACAACAUGAUGGAUGGGAUCAUACCGGCAGGGGUAUGUGCACUGCCCAGUCUGGCCAAUUUCACUGCCUCUUACAAUUUCUUCUGCGAGGAGGAAUUUCCUUGCCAGAAUCUGACGUCCAAAGGCAUCCGGUUUGAUGAUCGCCGGAAUUGUUUGCCGGAGAGGCCACUACAGAGGAGCAAGAAGGAAUGCGAUGCUCAUCAACCAGUCGAGUGCUUCGAAUAUCACUGCACUAGUGGUGGCGGUGCUGCUGCAAAGAUGGUGAAUGCGACAGCAGCUCCAUCACCAUAACCUUCAAGCCAAUCCUAGGGGGAGUGUUUGUACCACACGCUUGGGUUUUCCAGUUUGUUCAAGUGGGAUCUACACAUGGAUCAGUUACCAA